GGCGGUCUCGCUGAAGAAGGGAACCAGAGUGGUACAGUGGCUUGUACGUGAAGAGGUGAAGGCCAUGGCAACUUGAGCAUAGAGCUACUAUUGCCUGCCACAGCCCACGAGCGAUUACAUUGAAUAAAAAAAAAAGAAGCUUGAUGUGAUCUUCAUGCUAUGGUUGACGGAGGGAGGAGGGGCAGGCGCAAGCGAAAAUGCGGAAUUAGAGCAGCAGGCGCCCCCAACCUGAUAAAUGGAAGAACUUGUGAGAGUGAGAGUGAGGACCAAGGAGCAGGAGCAAGACGACGGACGAGGUAGAGGAACGGCGGAGGGAGGUGUGCUGGAAGAGUGGGCCCAGCUGGUGCUGCCAUGGCUGGAUCCCGCUGAAUUAACUGCCAUCUCCUCCACCUGCAAAACCCUAAACCGUAUCUCCAAGUGCGUCACCGCCAGAAGAGCCUCCGACGCUUCCAGAGGCUUUGAGAGCCUCCCCAUACCUUUCUUUAACCCCCUUCACGACCACCGCCGCCAGCAGCAACCCUACGCUUACUUCAUCUACACACCUACGCAGCUGCAGCUGCAAGGCUCCCCUUCUUCUCUUGCUCCUCUUCUUCGUCAGCCUUGGGGGGAGAGUCGGCCCCUUCCCCUUCCCCUUCCCCUUCCCCUUCCAUAUUCGGUUUCGCCCUCGCCCUCUGGAUGUGACUGUGAGAGCGAGAGGUGUGAUGAUGGGGACUCGGCCGCCGCCUGCCCCUGCUAUAACCUACAAAAUUCAUCCUUGUUGGUUCUCGAAUGUGGUCCAAGUUGCCGCUGUGCUCUGCGUCCCCGCCACCACUGCGGGAAUCGGUUGACUCAGGGAGGGAUCUCGCUUCGGCUGAAAAUUGUGAAAGAUGCGAGGAAAGGUUGGGGCUUGCACGCUGGCGAGUUCAUUGGCCGUGACCAAUUUGUUUGUGAGUAUGCAGGUGAACUUUUAACAACUAAAGAAGCAAGAGAGCGGCAACAAAGAUAUGACCAACUCUCAUCAGGGGGGAGGUUUUGUUCUGCUCUUUUGGUUGUGAGGGAGCAUCUUCCAUCUGGAAAAGCAUGCAUGCGGAUGAACAUCGAUGCCACAGUGAUUGGGAAUGUUGCACGUUUCAUUAACCAUUCUUGCGACGGUGGGAAUCUGUCAACAGUACUAGUGCGGAGCUCAGGAGCUUUACUGCCUCGCCUAUGCUUCUUUGCCUCCAGAGAUAUACAAGAAGGUGAAGAGCUUACAUUCAGUUAUGGGGAGAAUAGGGUUAGGUCAAAAGGCUUGCAGUGUUUCUGUGGUAGUUCUUCUUGUUCUGGAAUACUGCCUUCAGAGGUUACUUGAUAAUCACCCUGCCGGGGGGGGGGUGUAGAAUUUUGUACAAGGAACACUCUGUCCCCGUCUGUCUGGGUGGUUAAUCUUAAGGAUUGGAAGGCAGGUUUAGAUGGACAUCUUCUGCAAGGGUGGAAUAUAAUACUGUGAAACAUUACAUUAUUGUGCUUGAACUGGGGAUGAGUCGGCUAAUGUGGCCUAGCUCUUAGGAGAGGUGUCCAUUUCAAUUUUCAAAAAGAAUGAAACUACACCAAAGAGUCGUAGUAUCCAA